CCAAAAAGCGACCCUUCACUUUUUCUUUUCUUCCGUACCUUUUCUCCCCUUCUUCCUGUACUUAUCUCGUUUGCUACCCUCUUCCUCCUCGCAGCCCUAUCAAAAGACAGUUCAAUCCCAACAACCCCUCAUGAAUGCCCUCAUUGCGCUCUUACACUUUUGCGAGAUUCAUGGGCCCCGUGUCGUGUUCUGUACGCAGGCCAUUCACCAAAAAAAUUCGUCGUCGUCGUCGGUUAUAAGCGCUAACGGUAGCAACGGCGGUGUUGGCAGUAACGGCAGUAGUGCAACAACAACCGACGAUUACAAGUCAACGAACAUUGUGUCGCCGUCCACGUCGGAAAAGACGGCACCAGCAGUACCAGCAGUACCAGCAGCAGCAGCAGCAGCACAAAAAGCGGAUUCGGUUUUUUCCACGUCGUCUUCUGCAGCAGAUCCUCCGACCCCACCCCCAACGAGCAAUAAUAGUGCCUUCAACAAUAACGCUGCUAGUAAUAAUCCCAGCAUGACAGCAACAACGACAACAACAUCCCCGCGCGCGUCAUUACGAAAAUGCGCGCCUCCUCCUCCUCCUCCUCCUACUACUACUACUAUUCCGAUAUCUAAAUCCUACCAAUCCAAUACAGCAUCAACAUCGUCGACUACACAGCCCAGCUCUUGUCCCGCCUGUCUUGCGCAAAUGCCUUUUGUUGUCAAGGAUGAAGGAGGUGUCGUCGAAGCAAAACGUAUGGUGACCAUUGACGAGGAAGAUCCGUCCGUAGAAUACAUUGGCACCAGAGCACCACAGCAACUUGCUUUGUACAAGGCAGUUCGUUUGGCAUGUGUCCGCAGUUUGACGACCGAAUUUUGUCCCGGCCGAGAAGGACCAGUGUUGUUUGGCGACGAUGAAAACGGCUAUGUGAUGAGCUACAUGUUCAAGCUACGCGAUGCACAAGCAAGGGGCGAGGCUCGCUUCUAUUCGCUCAUGAUGCUCAUGACCGACCGGGUCUUUUUGAUAUCAUGCUGGCCUUUUCUAGUCAGUUCGUUUCGAUCCAUGGCGAUCAACUUGCAGGAACGCGCCGACAUUGUGUUUCAACGCGAAAAGGAAACCCGACCCCAGUUUCAUCCGUUCGCUACCAGCCGACGCGUCGGGGCUAUGUCGCAAGAGCAAUUUUUUCGACGGCGAAGCAACACUGCAUUGCGAUCACUCGUCGAACUGCUGGGGGUCAAGAACAUUUACCCUCAAAUCCAUGCUCAAUUUAGUUACAUCCUCAAGUUGUCGGCACGGAGGCGGAUGGAGAAGAUCACGCCUGGGAGGAGUGCCAGUGCGGCCUAUCUCAAAAUGCGUGACGAAUAUCAGCUUCGACGAAACAAUAGAAAAGCAGCGCCGAGAGAGGAGGAGAAGGACGCUUCUGUGACGACGACAACCACUGCCGCUACUGCAAGAACUAUGCAGGCAGCGGCUUUACCAACGCCGAUAUCGCAAUACACUUGAUGAUGUAUAAUGACGAACAUCAACAAUCCAUACACACACUCUCUCUUGCGCUCCAUGUUCUAGAUACCCAACCCACAAUUAUUAUUUUAAUGCAGAAAUCUGAUAACAAUCACACACCGCCGCG